AUGGAUUCAAAUUACCUUAACAAAGAAAGCACAAUUCCUGAGCAUGAUUUCCACAACCAGAUCCAUCUAUCAGUCACCAGUGUAAAACCUCGUAGAAACUCAUUUAACGUAGGAAAUUUAUCUUCUUAUAAUGAUACAUUACAAACUUUUCAUACUGAGCCCAUACUUGAUUAUGGCAACCAACCUGUUAUACCUAAAAGGCCCAGAAUUGGUUCUUUUAAUAGCAGCAAUAUUUCUUUAUUACAAAAUGCAGUCCAAGCUUUACCGGAAAAAGAAAGAGCUGACUUUAAAAGAAUCACCACAAUAGGAGUCCAUCGACGUCACAAUUCUCAUUCCCCAGAGUCUCCUACAAAAAAAAUCAAGCCAGUCAAAGAAAAAGCAAAAACUCCAAUGAGAUACCGCCGUUCUAAUACAGGAAUUUUGGCGUCACCAGACGAGAAAAAAAGUAACGAGAUUUCCCUUUUUGUAAAGAAAAGUUCACAUGAUGCUUUUUUAUGUGAAAUUCCGUAUAGGACGGAAUUAUAUAUUGAUGAAUUGCUGUUUAGACUGUAUAUAGGGGAUAUUAAUUCUGUGAAUAGCCAAGGCUCGCUUAACCAGCAUAUGAUUGAAGCAGUAUUAAGUGUUGUAGGGGAAGAAUCUCCAGAAAGAUUUCCGACUAUAAAGCGCGGGUAUUUGAAAAUACCGAUUGAUAAGGAUUUUUAUAAGAUGAUGGACGCAGCACAGAGAUUUUUAGACAGCCAUAUUGGGAACUGCAAUGUAUUAGUGCAGUGUCCGACUGGGAAAACGUAUGCACCUGCCAUUGUAAUAGGAUAUUUGAUAAGAAGAUUCAAAAUUGUAUAUCAUUUUGCAAGAGAUUUGAUAUGUAAAUAUAUUCAUGAUAUUGAUAUUGAUGAGUAUUUGGAAAGGCAGCUUCACCAUUUAACUUCUCAAUAA